AUGUCAUUAAUUCGUCGAGACCAUAUAGCAGGACAUACUCAUGAUCGAAGUAGAUCAAGUUCAAUAGAUGGGGAAAUAGAUUAUUCAUUGUGGACCCUUGAAAAAGUUUUACAAUGGCUUGAGGAUAACUCUUUUAGUGAAUAUAAACAAAUCUUUAUUGAUUUUUUUGCAUUACGUGACCUUAGAAAAAUUAAACAUUUAUUAAAAAAUGAAACGGAAGGUCGUUAUAAAUUGAUAACGGCUAUUAGAAAGAUAGGUGAACGGCCUUCAUUUUCAGAUAAGAGCUCUCAAGAUUUAUUAGGAGGUCUUCGUGACACAUAUGGUUCAUUAUCUUAUUCACCAACAACGCAUAAUUCAUCUCAAACACGCCUUAGUGCACCUAGUUUAUUGGAAGCUACAACAAACAAAACGCUUAAAUUAUCAACUAGUUUUCCUGACUUGCGUAAUGCAAACAAUCAUCAAAACAAUCAUUCAUUUAGUCCUACUAUUAAUCCAAGGAGUUCUUCGAUUGAUAAUGAAAAAUGGUCAAAACCAACUAUAUUAACUUCAAUCCCAUUUUUAUCUCAAGAUCCACAUGAUCAAUCACCAUAUCAAUAUAAUAACAAUAAUGGCUAUCUUGAUGAUAAAACUCCCAGUCCUCCUUCACCGAUAAGCAGAAAGUGGAAACCUUUUAUUAAUCAUCCAGCAAAUAACGUUGAUAAUAUUAAUAAUAUUAAGUCUAAACCUUCGUUUUCUAAUGGAAUUUCAAAUAAUUUAGAAGAUCCAAUAUCGUCAGCAACUUCAACACUAAACAAUUUUACAAAUUUACCCAAGCACAAUUUCCAGUUGACAUUUGAUUUUAAGAAUUUUCGUUUAGUUGAAUUAUCUGGGGAUGAACCAAGAUCUAAAAUAAAAAGAGUAAUAUUUUCACAAUUGGAUAUUGAUCCUAAUGAUUGUGAGAAUUAUACAUUUCAUUUGACUGAACUUGGACAAAAAGAAAUCGGUAUAAUUAUUAAAAUUUUUGAAUCUUUGAUUUGA